AUGACUGAGCCAUCAAUGGAACCCAUAGAAAAUUCCACAGCGGAAUCAGUGGCCAACAAACCCAGUUCUUCAGAUAAUACGGACAGCAUAUUCAAAAGCACAGUUGACGUAGGGAACGAAGAUCAAUCAUCAGAAGGAGCGAGUUCAAAUACAACGGAAAAUGAUCCAGGCAGCCUUCAAACCGAAAAAGCCUAUCUCCCCAAAAUGUUUAAAUUAUUUAUUUUUCUCGGCAUUGCAUUAGUUAUAUUCCCGCCAUUAGCAUUGAAGUUUGGACAUAUCUCUGGUUUAUCGAAGAGCCAAGAUCCACAUCCACCAGCUGAGACAUUUAGAAGAAUCUUAGACCUGACAUAUUUGCCAGGAGCCCCUAUAGAAGAAAAGAAUCGUACACAAAUUGGAACGGAGAAUGCUGUCAUGUUCAUGCUCGUCAGAAACUUUGAAGUUCAAGAUGCCCUAGACUCGAUACGGCAAAUUGAAGACAGAUUUAAUCGAAAUUAUAGAUAUCCAUGGGUGUUCCUGAACGAUGAUGAUUUCACCGAGGAAGUAAGUAGAGUUCCUAUGAGAUUACUGGGGCAAUGA